UCUCCCAUGUCACGGUUGAUGCAACACUUGUGUGAUCAUCCGUGAAAAUAAACAAAGACAAAUUGGAAAGACGGGAAUCCGAUAAUGACGGGUAUUAGAAGUGGAGUUAUAAGCAUCUUUAUAUUUCUUACAAGAGUUAUCAUUUCCAAUGGACAAUUAUCGCGACUUCAACCUGGGAAUACGGCGCCUUCUUUUACGCUGCAAACUCUUGGCGGGAGAAUCGUUUACACGAAACACAAGCAAAGCAGUACAUCAAAACCUCGACACCCGAUUAUAUUUCAUGCAUUCACGAGUCGGUCAGCGUUUUUGGAAGCGUUGUGGACAGACAUGGACUCCGUGGAAAGCCUUCUAAAGAAUUCACCUCGGAAUACGCAGUAUGUAUUUAUGUCUUUUAGUGACACUGCGAAAAGCGAUGUGCUCGGCAUGCGAGGUCAACUGUUGGACGCCAUUCAUCAUUACUACAGAAAUUCAAAUAAGUCAAGGAAUGAUGGAAGAGCAGGAUGUUCAAAAUUCUUAAACCAUACCGACCACAAAUACAAUCAUGUGGAGGAAGGGAGAUCACUUUACAAGCUAUCAUCUCUAAGACACGCCCCGAACAAGAAUAAGCCCCUCAAGACUCAUGUUACCAAUACCAAACACUUGUCAGCCUGUGACCAGUCCCCUGUGGAACAGUGGAAGCAGCGGUUACAUUUUGUGGAGCUACCAGUGUAUGAGCUUGGGAACUGGAUCCCAUAUGCGCUCAAUCAUUGGAAGUGUUUUGGCGCCGGGUGCGCGCUAGCUCAAGUCGCGUUCAAAUCAGAAGCUGGUAACAUUAUCCGAGUGAGCGAGAGACUGGAUGCCAGGUAUGACUGGCUCCCCUCGCCUCACGCUCUCUCGCACAAUUACACGCACUUAGCUGUGAGGUACUACGGUGAUGCUUGCCAUCAUGUGAAGUUCACUCGUAAAUCCAACAAAGACAAGCAAAACGCGGGAGAUGUCGAUGAGCAGAAGAACGCAAAAAGAAAAAAGAAACGCAAAGCUUCUGGGAAAAUCGCACUUGUUUCAGCCGCAGGAAAUUGUUCUCUUUUUACAAAAAUCGUUCAUAUGUCUCGAGCUGAUGUCGACGCAGUUCUUAUCUACCAAUCCGCAAAUGAGCCCGUCGAAGAACUAUCCUGCAAGGGGCAUCACUGCUUUUUCCCUCUAAGAGUUGCUGCCUCCAUGAUUCCACAUAGAGAUGGAAUGGCUAUUAGAGACAGAUUACUAGCCGGUGAGAAACUACAUGCGUCAUUCCAAUUCACACCUCAGGAGAAUUACUUUUUGGCCAUUGAUGGACAAGGCAAGUUGGCAGAAGUUGGUCUCUUUCUCUACCCGUCCAUGAUGUUUAUGGGCUACGAGGCGAAAUGGUUUAACUACAAGACUGACCUGAUCCAUAACCUGACCGGAAGUGCAAAAAUAAUCCACGUGUUCAACCACACACGAAUGCAGGGACAUACGGGUGCGGUGGCUAAUGUCAUCUUGCCACCCUUUAAAGAAUUACAAUUGUACCGCAACGUGGAGCUCGAUCUGUCCCUUCACUGCAAGGGAGAAAACGACUUUGACUGCCCACACUGGGAUCACGUGGUACAACUCGAGGUUUGCUGUGAUAAGAAGAGUACCUUAUGUGGCGAGGAGCUAGGGAGAUGGAUCACGCCUUACAGAAGAACAAUCGGGCGAUGGCUGACACCAAUUACACCGCUUCUUCCACUGUUUGCGGAAUCGCGCAAGUGCACGCUCACUCUGAAGCACCCAUUCUGGGAGAGGGCCUGGAGACCAUCCCUUAGUAUCCGCCUGUCAGAUCACAUCCACUACUCCAAGCAUCACUACAGCGGCCAGAAAGAAGACGAGUUUAUUGUACCGUUCAAGAUUACCAAACUCUUUAAAGGGGGGACUUUUAACAAGACUUACAACAAGCGGUACAAACCAAUCCAACUCCGUAUCCCUGCACACACCGCGCGCGUGAAAUUGGUGGCGACAAUUACAGGCCAUGGUAGUGAUAACCACGGCUGCGCAGAGUUCUGCGUGACGUCACACCACUUUAUCAUCAACAAAAAGCCAAACGUGCGCGUGUUUAAGAAUGCAGCAACAUCGAAAGGUUGUGCAGAGAGAGUUGAGGAGGGCGUGACCCCUAAUGAGCAUGGUACCUGGCUAUACGGGCGGGACGGGUGGUGCUGUGGCCAAGACGUGGUCCCCUGGGUGACGGAUGUCACAGACCAGGUCAAGCUGAAUGGGAAGACGAACACCAUCGAGUACUUUGGAUGGUUUAACGGAACCGACCCCAAUCCCAAGAUGAAUGCAGGAAAUAUUUUGAUGAACUCCUAUCUAGUAUAUUAUAAAUCUAUAUUAGAUUAGCUAGACUUUCUUUUUUUUCAAUAUUUACUCUUUUGUUUGGAAGUAAAUUAUUUUGUUGGCACAUAUUUACUAAAAUAAAGAAAUGUUUGCCUAUGGCUCCCUUUC